GUUUUGAACGAAUGAAAUCGUUCUACAAUACCAUCAUACCUCUGCCUCUAAACAGUCCUAACAAAUUUUAUAGUGCUUUGUUAAGAUAACAGUAUCAAUAAUUUAUCAGAAACAUUUCAAAUUAGCUCUGUGUGCUAAUAUAUGUUAACAAUGUGCUUCAUGUAAGUCAUCCCUUCAAAGAAUAAAAAAAUAUGUUUAAUUAAAAUUUGCUGACCGUACUUCCACGGUAGCUCACGAACCGGCAGCGAAAUGUUAAGUUAUAACAUUUUAUCUCAGACAGCAGGAAUUCUUACUGCGUAUUUACUUAUAUUUAAUCGAAACGCACAAAUUUUGGGUAACUUGAUAAACCAACCCGGUGAUAGAUUUUCCUUAGACAUAUCUGGUUGUGGUUUGUAUCAUAAGCUGUGUUCGAACUUAGAUGACGAUCUAGCAAUACUGGCCUGUUCUCUAAAUGCGUCAUAUAAUAAAACUCAAGUGCUGAAUGUCUGCCAACAUAAGUUAUGGAGCCAUCAAACAGAGCUUUUGGAGAAUGCUUAUUUGGAACAUAAACUGAAGGAACCAUGUCAAGAAGAGCCUGCGAUAUUAAACUGCCUGAGUCCAUCGGAAUACGUAAUAGACUGUGUGUUGAAGAAAAAAUCAAGUGUAAGGGCUCUAGAAUGUGGGAGGAUGAUCAACAAAAUUGAAUCUCUUAUUUUUAAUGAUUGGCAAAUUAUUGGAAGUUUUUUGAAACAUUGUUAUGAUGAUAUAGAAGCCCACACGUGUGGUAGGAUCCCUCGUGAUCCAAAGAGUCUGUCACAGACACAAACUUUAAAUUGUUUAAAUGAUCAAGAUGUACAGCUCAGACCUGAGUGUCAAUCUGAGGUGUCUGUACUGAAAGAAAUGAAGUAUAAUACUCUGCAGUUGGACAAAAUAAUAUUUGCCGCUUGUAACUUAGAUCAAAAGAAUUUUUGUCCUGAUGAAGUGCCAGACUCCUGGUUAAUGUAUAAAUGUCUUGUGAGACAUAGGUAUGAAAAUGGUAUGAGGAAAAAGUGCCAAGACCAACUGUUUUAUGACCAAAGAGGAAUUGUUAUGAAUUAUAAAAACAGCAAAGGUUUAGUGAAAGCAUGUAAAGAGGAUAUUAGAAAAUAUCACUGCAGAAAAGGUGUUGUUGAUGAUAAGGAUGUGAGACUAGCACAAAUAUUGUUAUGCUUAGAAAAUGUAUCACGAAAUGAAAGCACAAAGUUAAGUCCAGAAUGUACCACUGAAAUGAUUGACCAUCGUAAAAUGCUCAUGGAUGACUAUAGACUGUCACCAGAAUUGAUGCAGAACUGUGCCAAUGAUAUUACAACAUUAUGUAAAGGUAUUGAAGCUGGGGGUCGCACAAUUCACUGCCUUAUGGAACAUGCUAGGCCAAGAAGGAGGAAGGACAAAAGAAUCAGUUCAGCAUGCCAGAAAUCCUUAGAGGUCCUAGUCCUUGAGGCCGAUCCAGGAGAAGACUGGAGAGUAGAUCCUAUUCUUCGUAAAGCUUGCAAACCUGUCGUAGACAGAGCAUGUCGAGAAGUUAGUUACGGUAAUGGUAGAGUCAUGUCAUGUCUUAUGGAGAAGUUGGGAACUUCUUUCAUGACAAAUGACUGUGAAGCAGCCCUAUUGCAGAUACAAUAUUUUAUAUCCAGAAAUUUCAAGUUGGAUCCUCAGCUAUACAAGGCUUGUAAGUAUGAUGCAGUUACUAUAUGUCAAGCAAAACUGCACUGGGCUGAUCCCAGCGAGCAUCAGUCAGAUAAGGAUCCCCGUGUCUUUCCAUGCUUGUAUAAUUAUGCUUAUGAUCCUGAUCUUAGAGGCAAAUUGAAACCUGCCUGCGAGAGCCAAGUAAGAAGAGUAAUGAGACAAAGAGCUAUCAGCGUAGACAUGAUGCCAGAAAUUGAGGAUUACUGCAUGGAUGAUCUCAUAAACUUUUGUUUUGAAAAUACUGGUAAAGGAGAAGAAAUAUCAUGCCUGCAGAAUAAAAUAAAAGACCUAUCUACAAAGUGUAGAGAAAUUGUUAAUAACUUUACUGAAACACAGAGUGGCCAUAUUGAAUUGAAUACCAUUGUAAAUAUAAAUUGUAGAGUUCCUAUGGAGAGGCUAUGCUCAUCAGAGCUUAAGAGUAAGAAGGAAGAGGAUGAUGUUAUGGAGUGUUUGAUAUUUCAUAAAAAUGAUCCGGAAAUUAAAGCAAAUGAAAAUUGCAGAGCAGCUAUUGAACAUGAACAAUUGAUCUCAUUAAAAAAUUAUAGAUUUACACGAAAAUUUAAAAAUGCUUGCAAAUCUUAUGUAGUUCGGUUUUGCCCUAAAGCUCAAACCAAGAACCAAGUGGUUAAUUGUCUUAGUGAAAUAGUGAGAAAUGAUACUAUAAGUAAGAGGAAGCAUACAAUAUCUAAAAUGUGUCGCCAGCAGUUGAGGCAACAACUCUAUCAGCAACAGGAGAAUUUAGACUUAGACCCAGAAUUAAUAAAUUCUUGUAAGGAGGAGUUGCAGACCUACUGUAAAAGUGCAGGACAUGAUAAGGCAGGAGCCCUGAACUGUAUUCAGACAUUUAGGGAUAAACUAUCAGACUCCUGUCGAAAGGCUUUGUUUGUAGUAAGGAAGCAAGAGUUUACUGACAAUGCCAUUGAUUAUCACCUGAUGAAUACUUGUAAUGAUAUGAUUGACUUAUACUGCCAUAAUACCGAUACGUCAAAUAUAUUAGAUUGUUUAAAGGCUCACCGUCGAGAACCACUUUUUGAUGAAUGGUGCAACCGUGUGGUUGUUAAUAGGAUGGUAGAACAAAAUAUGGAUUACAGAUUUAAUAACAAUUUGCAAAUAGCUUGCAAAAUGGAUAUUACAACUUAUUGUUCUAACAUCAUUGGUAUAAAAUCAUUUUUUCCAUUAGCAAAAGAACCACAGGAUAUGGAAUUGCAAGGAAAGAUGUUAUAUUGUCUGAAGGAAAAGUUUAGACAAUCAAAACUAACUCAUUCCUGUGAAAAUGAAUUAGCGAAUGUAUUGAAAGAACAGGCUUUACAUUAUCGUAUUGAUCCUUUGUUAAAGAAACUAUGCAGAGCUGAAAUCAGAACAAUAUGUGCAGAGUCGAAUGAUUUAGAAAAUGAUGAUGGCCAAGUUCAAGAAUGUUUGAAAAAUGCUCUCUUGAAUCAUAAGAUUGUAUCGGCUGAGUGUGCCCAUGAAGUCGCGCAAAUCAUAGAAGAAACUGAAGUUGAUAUUGAGGCUGACCCCAUGCUGGAAAGGGCGUGUGCUUUCGACUUAUUGAAGUACUGCAAAGACUUAGAGCAUGGUGCAGGCAGACGCUUAAAAUGUCUGAAGAUUAUCCUCAAUGAUGGUAAUAGAAAGUUAGAGGCUGAAUGCCAGAAAGCACUGACAAAUAGAUUAGAAAUGUAUAAGCAUGUGGCAGCGUUGAACGUGGUAGAGAAUUUUGGCGAUAUUUAUAAGGAGGUAUCAUCUUCACCAUAUAAGAAUUACUUUCUAAUCGUAGGCAUGUCGACUGUAGGUUUAAUUUUUAUAUGUGGUUUAUACCUUGGCAAUUUGGUCAGACAAGCUUUGUAUGUUAAGAUGAAAUAGAUAUCAUUGUAAUAUUAUAUUAAAUCAAUAAAAAUCUUUUGAAAAUUUA